CCAAACCCAUAUGGCAACCUACUCUAGUCGAGACAGAUGCUACGAACGGCAGGCCGGACAGCACGUCAAGUAGCACAGUCAGCGCAUCUCCUCCAAAAUAUACGAAUGGUGUCACCCUCUCAAAACUACCUCAUGGACAUCAAGCUUCUGUGGACAAUGACUUCCGACCGCAGUCUUUGGGAUCAUCUAUUUCCUCUCGCAAGUCGAUCCCAGCCUCUCCAGGUUCCUCUCCGACGUCAGCAACCCGUUCCUCUAACGCCUUUUCCGGACCAUCCUCUCCGUCUCGACCGAUGCCAAAUCGAGUUGCACAGCUCAGAGCAUGGAAGCGUGCUUCUGGUACAGUUGAUACGCGGGACGAACUAUUGAUGACUUUGCUGGCAAGUGAAGCUAUUGUCGAUAGCCGGGAUUUUGAUAUUCUAUAUUCUGAGGACGUUGAAGAGCUCAAGAAGGAAUAUCAAGUACUGGAGGCUCGUUUACAUGCAAUGCAGAAGAAACUGAAGCUCGAGACGAAGAUUCGCGAUGCAGCUGCUUCAUUAGUUAAAGUAAAUUCUCGCCAUAAGGCAGUGUCGAAACAGUCAACAGAACAGCUAGAGGUUGCGAAUCGCAAAGUGGAGUCCGCGCAGAAGGAGUUGUGGCAGCUCUCUGAGCGAACGAACGAGAUUAACAAGAAGCUUCUUGAGCACCGAGCUGGUGUCUUAAGUUUUGCGUUGCGAAGUCUGGAAACGAAGGUCGCUGGUGGGAAUGAAGAUUCAGGAUAUACCAUGUCGCUUCGGAGCACCCAGAUGAGCCCCACGUCUUCUGAAAUCAGUUAUUCUUCGUCAAAGACAAAGUUCGAUGGGGCACACCUCUUCGCGGGUCAUGAAAAUGCGCUACCACCAUUAUCACCCCGAAAAUUACCGUCCGCUGCGGAAGUUUCAAUCCUAGAUGAGAGAGUGAAGGAAGCGAAUAGCAAGCUGCAGGCCGCAACCGAGGCUCAGAACGAAGCGAGGCGAGAGGCAGCCAUGCUUAAGGUUGAAUUGGAGGGAUUAGAGACGUCUUUGGCGCUCGAGCUGCAGUCCGCAGAGGAAAAAGUGGCGACUAUGAGGUCCGAAGUGCAGAAGGUCGGCAUGCUAGAGUCUCAGUUACGGGGGUUGACUGCUGAACGGGAAUCGUGGACAAAAGAGAGGGAAGAAAAACAAUACGAGAUCGAUAGAUUGGAGCAGCGUCUAGAAAUGAUGCAAGAUAAGAGUAAUGAAGCUAUGGGCACUGAGCAACGCAUUGUGGAACUGGAGUCGGCGCUGGACGCUUUACAGAGUAUGAUGCACUCCCAUAGUCUAAAUUUACCCAACGAUACCCCUCCUGCUCGACGUGUCUCAUACCUCGGAACCUAUUUAGAGGAUGUUCAGUCAAGACUAAACGCCAACCUCAGACAAAGAGAGGAAUGGGAGGACCUUCGUCACAAGCUCGAGGAGGACCUCCGCGUCGGCCUUGACAGCCGCGAAUCGCUUUCUCGGGAACUCGAAGAGGCGCGGCGAGAGCGUGAGGGAUAUCAAGAGAAGAACCGCUCAUUAGAGGCACAACUAAGAGAACAGGCCCUGGUACCUCCGGGACCGAUGAAAAUAGUCUCUUAUGAGAAUGCUCCUGCGGACAUCCAGAAUUUUGUUCAAAUGCUCAAACCUGUAUGGAACGCUCUACCGUCUCCUGAACUGCGAGCGUCAAAGUUCGGACAUCGCACCAAACCCUCAUCCUCAGUGCCUGGUAGUCCGAACAUGUCGCUGUCGGAACUGGAUGUUCGGUUACUAAGAACACUGUAUGACGGUCGCCCAUCCUAUCAGACCGUUGACACGUCAAGCCAAUUCACGGUCGAAGCGUUUGCAGCACGAGUGCAAGCGUUAAUUGCAGAUGAUCGCGCAUUGAUUGAGCGGCUUGUCCGGUUUGCUCAGGCUCACGAACUGUUGAAGCAGAAUGCAGACCGAGCACAAAAGAUCGCUCAAGAAAGUAGCGUUGCUUUGGAAACGUAUCAGAAGCAGGUGAAGGCACUCGAAGAGCGUAAUAUGACGCUGCAAUCCAGUGUGAAUUCCUUGCAAAAUGAGAUCGUUGAACUACAAGGGGCAAUUGAGAAAGUCACGGAUGAGAAACGGGAGGUGGAAACACACGCUGCUGAACAAGCCGAGACGUGUCGGCAGCUCACGGAAGCCAACAACACGCUUAGCGCCCGAGCAUUAUCACUGGCUCAAGAAGCCGCGUCCGCACCCGAGGCUGUCCGAACUCAACUUGAGAAGCAGCUUGCAGAGUGUAGGUUAGAGCUGCAGAAGGCACAGGAUGAUAUCGACGCGAUGCGGUCUGCUGAGGCUUCCCAGAAUCUCGCGCUCAUGGACGAGCUAAACCAUAUGCAAGGCCAGAACGAAAACCUUCGCGCUCAACUUCGUGCUGUACAGGCAGGCAAGAAAUAGCUUCCUUUUUCAAUUUCUUCUAUCCUUCUUUUGAUGUCUGG